CUCGUCAUUAUUACUAUGUCAAUGUGAUGGGAUUAGUGGGCUAUGGAGCAAGUUGAUAUUUUGGCGAAGCGAUUGAGAUGUCCAUCUACAGUAAUUGCAAAGGCAAAAGAAUACUUCAGACUCUCUCAGCUUAAGUAUAAAGGACUUACUGAUUUUUCUCUUGCAGCAAUAUGUCUUGAACUGUCUUGUCAUCAAUUAGGAGAGGCAGUUGAUAAAAAAAGAUGUCAACGUUUCAGUGGAUUGCAAGUAAAGCAGUAUCUUAAUUCGUAUCAGAAUAUUGAAAAAAUUCUGAAAAUACAAUCACGAACAACACUAAGAGAUAUAGCGCUUAGAAUUGGCUUGCCAGAAUUAGAAGCACCUGCAGGUCAGGUUUUAAAGAGUUAUCAAAAUCACCUGAAGUACAAGCAUGGAUCAGCUCGAUAUGAAGCGAUUGAUUUCUCUUCAUCUCUGUACACUGCUGCUGCUAUAUUCACUGCAUCAAAACUACUAAAGAUGAAAUGUGACAAAAGUAAACUCUUAGCAAUAUCAUCGAAUAAUAUGAAAACAUUUAAGAAUGUCAUGGAGGAGAUGCAGGAGGCUGCAGCAUCAAUUGUACAGGAUAUCCUUGAUACAAAUUGUACAGGGAAAAGUACAAUAGAAGGCAGUGAUGAUCAAGUUGAAUCAAUUACAAAAAAUCCAGGUACUGUUGAAUGCAUUAGAGCUCAAUCAUUUCAAGAACGAUGUGUUUCUAAUCCGAAAAGACAAGAAUAUAUUGAAUGGAAGGAAAAGAUGCUCAAGGCACCAUAACGAUAUGUAUAGAUCUAUGUUAGAUGAAUUUAAAUUUUGAUUUAAUGGCAGAUUGGCAGCACAAGUUAA